AUGCUGCUAUAUAAGUUCGCCUCGCUCUUCGACCUCGUUUUUGUCUGGGAAGUUGACACACACAAGGUGCUGCCACCAUGAGGCUCAUGCCCCCCUACCCAGCCGUGGCUCCCGCUCUGCUGGCGCUGCUGUGGCUGUCAGCGGUGCGUGCUUCUGCUUCUGCCGCCGCUGCUUCUGCUCCCAACAUCGUCUUCAUUCUGGCAGAUGAUCUCGGAUGGAACGACGUGUCAUGGCACAACGAUCAGGUGGUUUCGCCCAACAUGCAGCAGCUGGUGGACACGGGCGUCCAGCUGGAGCAGAGUUACGUGCAGCCUCUGUGCACGCCGUCCCGCUCCGCCCUCCUGACGGGGCUCUACCCGUUCCGCCUCGGCCGCCAGGGCCGACCACUGGGCAGCAAGACGCCCACUGGCCUCUCGCUCGACCACACCCUCCUGCCGGAGCGCCUCACGCACCUCGGCUACGCCACGCACAUGAUCGGGAAGUGGCACCUUGGCUACUGCAACUGGGCCUACACGCCGAUUGAACGGGGCUUCGACACCCAUUACGGCUAUCUGCUCGGCUCCGAAUACCACUUUAACCACACUAUCAUAAACGGCUAUGACUUCCGCGAGCAGAGAGAAGCAGACUUCACAGCGAACGGGACAUACGGCACCCACCUGUUUGCCGACCGCGCCGUCAGGAUCAUCGAGGAACACCAAGGCAGCGACCAGCCCUUCUUCCUCUACUUGGCUCUCCAGAACGUCCACUUACCUCUUGAGGUUCCCGACGAGUACCUGGUGCACUACCCAGAGGAUCUCGACGAAGACCGCCGACUGCUGCUGGGGAUGGUGACGGCGCUGGACGAGGCGGUGGGGCGGGUGGUGCAGGCGCUCAAGGACACGGGGCUCUACGACAACUCGGUCAUCGUGUUUUCCUCAGAUAAUGGUGGCGUCGGCAUGAAUGGAGAGAGCAACCAGCCUCUGCGAGGCAACAAGGGCUCAAUGUGGGAAGGUGGUACUCGCGCCGUAGGAUUCGUCCACAGUCCCCUCUUACAAGGGACUCCAAGAGUGCACUCUGGCCUCUUGCACAUCACCGACUGGCACAACACCCUUCUGGCCCUUGCAGGGGAGUCCAUCUUGCCUGACAACGACGGCUUCAACCAGUGGAACUCCCUCGUGGAUCCUUCUGUCACAUCACCCCGAACCACAUUCAUAUACAACCUUGAUGCUGAAAGUGAAGAAAUGAGUCUCGGUGCCAUUAGAUUGCUAAAUCACAAAUUUGUCAUGGGCGAGAAGGAUCUGGAACGAGGAGACAAGACAGGACCUUGGCUGUUCAACCUUGAAGAUGACCCCAAUGAAGCGGUGAACCUGAUUGAAUUCGAGCCUGAAUUGGCAGUGGCCUUAGAACUGCUGCUGCUGGAAGAGCUUCCCAACGUGGUUCCCCGAGACGAGCCGGCCAACGACCCGGCGGGCGACCCGUCCAACUGGGGCGGCGUCUGGACUCCAGGCUGGUGCGACGUUCCCUAGGUGCUGCCGUGCGAGAGAGAAAUGUGGAUACUUGCCUAUAAUCUGUGUGCCUCAGUAUUCGAUACAUUCUUCUCUAAUAAAAAAAUAAUGUCAUCCACACACUCCGUUACACUCCUUUUGUUCAUCAAUAAAUGCCAGUAGACACAGUGGAGAAGGAACAAUCUUUCUUUGACUCUGCCGUCUUGAAGGUUGUCAGGGUUGUCACUUUUUGAAAGUACACUUCUAUUUUGUAUUCAAAAAUCGAGUAAAUAUGUACUAAAAAAAAAAAUAAUAAUAAACAAUCGAGGAGUGGACAAUUUGUCUAUCUCGAAAAAAGUUAAGAC